GUCUGCCCCUGCAACAAGUAUUCCCAUAUUGCACAGCGCUCAACACAUCUCGCAGUGUGUUCGUGCUUGUCGAUCAUACCGCCCGUCGUCGUCUGCUGCUCGAGAAACCCCAUCUUCUCUCGACGGCCGCUGUAGAAUAGUAUGAAAGACAAGAUCUCUGGCGUUUAAUAUGGGCGAGACUGCAGGGAGCGAUAAGAGAGGAGAUGGAGAAGAUGCUGAACAGAGUCCCAUCACUUUACGCCGAAUGGCGUGCGUGUUGGUGAUCGCCAGCACGCCCUUCUUGAACGGAAUGAUGGUCGGCUGGACGGCGGUGCUGCCCAAGCUGCAGGAGGACGACAGGUUCCCCGUGUCCGACGAGGACGUCACGUGGCUCGUGUCUCUCAUGCUGAUCGUGGGCAUCGGCGUAUCCCCUGUGGCCGGCACCCUGGCAGAGUACCUGGGCCCCAGACGCGUCAUGUUCCUGGCCAUGUUGCCUGUCGUUGGCUUCUGGCUGCUGCAGGCCUGCACGCCCUACUUGUCCCUACUCUACGUCGGGAGGACCGCCGCCUCCAUCAGCGCCUCCAUGGUGUGCACGAUGGUGCAGCCGCUGAUCGCUGAGCUGUGCCCCACGCGGAUCAGGGGAAUGGCGUCCACGAUGCCGGAGGUCAUGAGCUGCGUCGGGGUGCUGUGCGGUUAUGUGCUCGCCUACCUGCUGCCCUGGGACGUCGCCACCGCCGUUUCUGCCGCUCCGUUCCUGCCCCUGUCUCUGGCGAUACUCUUUGUCCCCGAGUCUCCCUACUGGCUGGUGAGGAAGAAGAGGAUCGACGACGCCGAGAGGUCCUUGCGAGUCCUGUUGGGCCGCAGCGCCGACGUCACGAAGGAACUCGACGCCAUCAGGAGCACCACGACCUUCAAGCAGUCCAAGGUCAAGAACCAGGUGAAAGAGCUUCGUGAGCGACACAACGCCAUCCCUGUAGUAUUGAUGUUGAGUGUGUUCGUCCUGAGAGAACUUGGCGGAAAAGGGCCGGUGUUCAACUACACAGUUUACAUGUUCCGCAAUGCAGGCGUACAGCUCGCCUUCUACUGCACAGUAUUCGUCGGUGUUGCUCGCCUUGCAAGCACUUGCGUGUCUGCUUGCUCUCUAGACCUAGUGGGUCGGAAGCCCCUCCUUGUGGGCACAGCUGUGCUUUGCGCAGUGUCGGAGGGCGUCGCCGGAGCCUUCCUCUUCCUGGAGGUGGAGGGGGCUGACUGGGUGCCUCUAGUGUCUGUGAUUGUCUUCGUGAUCGGCUAUGGGGUUGGUCUCGGACCCGUUCCGUGGAUCUAUCUUGGCGAACUGUUGCCAACACCCGUAAGGUCUCUCGCGGCUGCAUUGAUUACCUUUAGUUAUUCCAUAACUUACUUUGGUGUAAGCUAUUUGUUCCUUAGGGUAAUAUCAUCAUUAGGUCUCGGGCCGACGAUGAUGGUGUUUGCGGCAGCGAAUCUGAUCAUCGCCUUACUUGUGUUGUGCUUCAUCCCUGAGACCAAAGGCCGAACUCUGCAGGACAUGGAGACCGCCUUUGCAUCGAAGAUCAACAGGCCGGAGAUUUCCGUGACUUCUGGAGAAAAGGCCUCGCCAGCCAAAGAAAAAGCUCUGAUGGACGACUCCCGAUAUGACAACACGAAAGGGGUGUCAUCAGUCUGACCUCAAAACUGCACCUUAAGUACAACAGUUUUUCCAUGAAACCUCAUAUACUUGAUGUAUUUCAGACAGUAACUACAAGGUAAAAUGAAUAUUGUUAGCUCAAUAUAUAAUGCAUAUGUAACGUUGUAAUAUGUAUACAAAGUUUAUUCUCUUUUACAUUGAUGACUAAUAUUUAUAUAAAAUUCUACUACAUAA